AUGAAAUUUCGCGGCUUUUCUUCCUCUACGCGAACCUGCAAAACCAAAUCAUCAAUCCCCUUUUCUUCUCAUCAUGAUGCUGUUACACGUCGAUUUUGCGGUGGUUUCAUUGAUUCUCCUCCUUCUCAGGCUGAGGUUCAUGAUGCUCUCGCUUCUCUCCAACGGGUCUUAGGGCUUGCUUCUCAUGUCGAGCUUCAUAGGGACAUGUAUUGCAACAAAUCAGAAAAGGCGCUAAGCCAUGUUGGCCGAAUAUCUGAAGGCGAUUCGGAUACAGACUGGAUAGAACCAUUUUUGUUUCCGUUAAAUCCAAAAACGCUACAAGAUAGUGGAUCUGAUAAAUUUUAUCAUGCAAUUCACUUAUUACAAACUGAUCCAUCUGUCCAGAGAUUAGUAAAAUCGUUAUCAACUGAUGAGGCUGUUUGGGAAGCUGUUCUGAACAACGAAGUUGUUCAAGAGCUCAGGGAGACGAUAUCUGCAGAUCAAGAGCACAAACUUUGGAACCUAGAUGAGAUUGCUAAUGAUGACCCCGAUAAGUCAACAAAUGUUUUGAUUUUGCUGUUAAAGACCGCCAGAACCAAAUUCUUGGAAGUAAUUGAGAAAAUUACCAAGAUUGUAACCAGUCUUUUUCAACAAUCAUCGAACAAGACAGCCGCCCAUACAGAAGAUUCUCAGCCCUUUAUUGAGAAGCUGAGGGCUGCUUUCAUGCUUUCGAUCAUGAUCCUGUUGAUUGUGGUGGUGCGUCGUGUCCAAAAUAAUUACGCCUGA